GGAUUGUAGUCGGCCGGGAGGCUAGAGUUGGGGAGGAUCGUGGGGACAGUAUCGCGGAGUAGGGGCGGAGGAGGGACUAGCUCCGGGGUUAAGAAGAGGAAAUGGGAUGUUGGAAGGAGAAGAAAAAAAAAAGAGGGAGAUAGGGCGGAGAGGAGGGGGCCUAGGAUCCCGCGGCGGCCCUGGGGGAGGGGCCCGGGGCGGGGGAAGCACUAGUAGGUGUGCAGGUCCUAGGGAAGCAGUUGCGAAUUGGAGGAGAAUUUCUAAACCGAAGAGUCAAGAACCCUGGAGUUUGUGGCCGAGGCCCGACUGUACUGGGCCAGUAGGAGAGCGGUCUCUCACGUGUUGGAGGAUAGUGGGGAAGAGGGGAAGAGGGACGAGACCUGGAGGAUGCUGGGCAGCUGAAGACUCAGGGGCCCCAGGGACUGGAAGAAAUCACAAUACCUGCUUGGAAAGAAGAAGAGGUAGCGACUUGCCCGAGCUCAACCCCAGAGCGGGAGCUGUUGGCUAGAGGACGUGGAGGGGCCGUGGGAUGCAGAGAGCCGAGGGCUAACUCCAGGACAGCGGAACAGAGAGAGCUGCCGACAGUCAGACGCAGGUUGAGAAUCCCUCACAUCCAAGAAUGACCAGUGUGGCCCCUGCUAAGAAACCGUACCGCAAGGCACCCCCUGAGCACCGGGAGUUGCGGCUGGACGGUCCAGGAUCCCAGCUGGAGCAGGAGGAACCCCUGACUGAUGCGGAGAGGAUGAAGCUCUUGCAGCAGGAGAAUGAGGAGCUCCGUCGGCGCCUGGCCUCGGCCACCAGGCGCACUGAGGCCCUGGAGCGCGAGCUGGAGAUUGGGCAGGACUGCUUGGAGCUGGAGCUGGGCCAGAGCCGUGAGGAGCUAGACAAGUUUAAGGACAAGUUCCGCAGGCUUCAGAACAGCUACACAGCUUCUCAGAGGACCAACCAGGAGUUGGAGGACAAGCUGCACACGCUGGCCUCUCUUAGCCACAGCUGGAUCUUUGCAAUCAAGAAGGCUGAGAUGGAUAGGAAGACGCUGGAUUGGGAGAUCGUGGAGCUGACCAAUAAGCUGCUGGACGCCAAGAACACCAUCAACAAACUGGAGGAGCUCAAUGAGCGGUACCGGCUUGACUGCAACCUGGCUGUGCAGCUCCUCAAGUGCAACAAGUCCCACUUCCGCAACCACAAAUUCGCUGAUCUGCCCUGUGAGCUACAGGACAUGGUCCGGAAACAUCUGCACAGUGGUCAAGAAGCUGCCAGCCCUGGCCCCGCCCCUAGCCUGGCACCAGGGGCUGUGGUUCCCACGUCGGUCAUCGCCCGAGUGUUAGAGAAGCCAGAGUCUCUGCUGCUUAAUUCGGCGCAGUCAGGCAGUGCUGGGCGCCCCUUGGCUGAGGAUGUCUUUGUGCAUGUGGACAUGAGUGGGGGUGGCCUGGGUGAACCUGCCAGUCCCCCUGCCCCUGGCAGCCCCACCCCACAACCUAAUGGAGAAUGCCACUCUCUGGGCACUGCCGGGGCCUCCCCAGAGGAGGAAUCGCCCUUGCCAGCCUUUGAGAAGCUGAGUCCCUAUCCCACCCCAUCUCCACCACACCCGCUCUAUCCUGGCCGCAAGGUCAUAGAGUUCUCUGAGGAUAAGGUGCGAAUCCCCCGCAACAGCCCCCUUCCCAACUGCACUUAUGCUACGCGCCAGGCCAUUUCCUUGAGCCUAGUGGAGGAGGGCGGUGAGCGGGCCCGCCCCAGCCCAGUGCCCAGCAGCCCCGCCUCAGCCCAGGCAUCACCCCACCAUGAGCCCAGCCCUCUUCCCCCAGUACUCAGUGCCCCAGCCAGCUCUGCCAGCUCCGAGGAGGACCUGCUCGCCAGCUGGCAGCGGGCAUUUGUGGACCGCACGCCACCCCCAGCCUCUGUGGCCCAGCGCACAGCCUUCGGACGCGAUGCGCUCCUUGACCUGCAGCACCAUUUUGCUCUUAGUCCCACCGACGGAGAUGAGGAGGUUCCGGCACCUUCUCCACCUAGUGAGAGUGGGCUUUUGCUGCCCAUGGAAGCUGACCCUGGCCCUUCCAGGGAGGAGGAGGAAGAGCUGAACCUGCCCAUCAGCCCUGAGGAAGAACGCCAGAGUCUGCUGCCCAGUGAUGGUGGCACGGAGGAGGGGCCGGUCACUUCCCACACUGAGGGCCGGGCCUGGGCACUCCCCAACUCCAGCCGCCCCCAGCGCAGCCCCAAGAGGAUGGGGGUGCACCACCUGCACCGCAAGGACAGCCUGACCCAGGCCCAGGAGCAGGGCAACCUGCUCAACUAGGGUGCCUGCUUGCUUUCCUACCAUGGCUACACUGGGACCAUGGGAGCCCCCCUACCCUGCCCCAGAGCCCUCCUCCCUCAGGCCAGCACCACUCUGCUCCCUGUGCAGGGUUGGGGGAGAGGGGGAGAGCACACCGGGCUUUUUAGCUGCAUUGACCAUGACUGGCCCCAGCUUGCCUCGUACCUUUCCCUUUUCUUUAUAGAGUAUGUACUUCCCAAAGGUAACAUGCAGCUGGGGCUCUAGACCUUUCUUGCGGUCCGCCCAAACUGGGCUGUUCUGGGGUGCUGACAGGUCUGUUACAUCAGUGUUCAUCUUCCAUCCCCAUUUCGUACCCACAAAUGGUUUUCUUGUUUGUUUUCCAAGGGUGGGAGGGGAAUGUCAUUUGGAUUAUUAACUUCUAAUUUCUAUUUGCUGCCUGCUUUCCUCUCCUCAAGUCCUCUGCACAAGCUGCUGCAUUCAAGGGGUCCUUGAGGGAUGAGGGAGAGGACUCACUCAGGGCUUGCUUCAGCUGUGUCCAUCCUCUCUCAGGGAGAAGAGAGAGGGAUUUGGGGGCCUCAAGCUGGGCUGUGGGUGAGGCCUGGCCCCCUCCCAACCUUGGCUCUAGACUGUUACUCCCAGCUUUGGGAUGUUUUCACAUCAAUGACUAUUUUAAAAUUAAAACUAUUUUACUGAUACUG